UGAUAAAAAGGUGAUUUGAAAUUUUUAUCGUACAAGUGUCAACAUUUGUUAGGUUAUAGCCAGUUACCGUAUAAUGGAGAACAGUAAUAAGAUUGUGGCACCACACCUCAAUGCUGAAGUAUACAGGACAGAUACGACUGGAAAUGAAGCACCGUCUUACCUAGAUUACAUUAAGCUUCAUCCGGAUGGCAGUGUUCUUGUUGGUUGUUCAGAGCUGACAGGAAGAUAUUGGGUUGGGGGUGCCGCCAUAUUCAAGAAUAUCGCCGAAGCCAAGGAAAUAAGCCCUAAAUCUAUGAGAAGUAUUCAAUUGGACUCUGGUACAGCCGAUGGAUGCUUUAUAGGAAAAUCUUCAAAGGUUUUAAUAUGUGAGGACAGUGGUGCAAUUGGCAUUUGGAGUAUAAAUGAGAAUGACUCAUGGAAGCAAUGGAAGCAAGAAAUGACAGUUUCUGAGCAUGACAAUGGGGUUAUGGCAUUAGACUGUCUUGAGCCAGAGAAACAGUAUGUGACAGCUGGUGCCGAUGGCCAUAUUAAGCUGUGGGAUCUGACUGACAUGAUCUGCAUUAGGAAUUACAGUUUAGCACAUUGUGCAGCGGUGUCUGGUGUGUCAGUGAGACCUAACUCCACUACUAGCUUUGCUUCUGGAUCUUUAGACAUGUACAUCACACUGUGGGAUGAUAAUAUUGAUAAACCAGUUCUAGACUUAGUUAAGAAUGACUGUGGCAUCCGUUGCCUACAAUGGAUAGAUGAAAACCAGUUAGUGUAUGGAGAUGAGGCUGGAGUUCUCCGAGUGAUGGAUGUGAGACAUCCUGAGAAGGUGGCCACGCUGUGUGACUUCCCCGCGCCGGUGCAUAAAGUUGCUGUGCAUCCAGAACACGGAAGAAUAGCAGUUUGCUGUGACAAUAAAAUAGUAUCCGUGUGCGACAAAGUGGCAGACAGCAUGUCGAAAGUACUGUACCACGAUCGUCACUUGCACAGCAACUACGUGCGAGGUGUGGCGUGGGACAGCAGUGAUCGCAACACGCUACACUCCUCGGCUUGGGACGGACUCAUCAGGACUCAUAAUGUUUCGUGAAUGUUUGUGGUACACAUUUUAAAUACAUUUUGAUUUUCCCACCAACCA